UUCGUUUGAAUGGGAGUUGUGGAUUUGAAAGCCUCUGGUGCAAAAGACCUUUCAAAUCCAAAACAAAAAGAAGAAAGUUUCAAAUUCCAAAUAAUUUCAUUCUAUUUGAAAUCACUUUGAAGAUUCUUCCUGUAUUGGGCCCUAAACCCUCUAAUAUUCGCUGUUUAUCUCACUGUCUUCUUUUCCCUCCUCAGAUCCUCUCGAUUUUCUUCACUAAUCUCUUUCAUUGAGUUUCGUCUUGGAUUUAUGGAGAUUUGAUUUCACGCACGCUUUACGAGCGUGUGAUGGAUUCAGAUGAUCUCUUGUCCGCCGGUGGGCUUGAGGUUGCCUGCCGAAACGAUGUUUAUCCGCAACUUAGAGUGGCCAUUGGAGACGAUAGUGGUGUUUUGAAUGAUGCUAAUGCAAAUGUUGAGGAAAAUGCUGAGAGGUGUUUGCAGAAUGGAAGGGAUGACAAUGGAGCAACUGGAGAAGCUACAGAAGGGUUGAAUGACUUGAUUGGAAACAAUGGAUUGCUUGAUUCUAAGGAAGGGGAAGGAAAAGAUAAUGCGGAUGUGAAGCAAUGCAAAACCAAGAAAGAGAAGCCUUCUGGCCCCAAGAUUGCUUCUUCAGCUUCAAUGAAGAAAAGUAAAGACGGAAAUAGUGUAGAGGCAAGGUUGACAACUUCAAAUGGUGGAUUUGUUGCUACAAAUUCACAUCCGAAACAGCCUCUGAAAAAUCGAUCUUGUAAUGAAAGACAAGCCAAUGCAGCCAAGCAUUCUGAAAGAACUGAUGCAGCCUUCUCCAAAGGCCCCAUUGAGAAACCAAGACUAAAGCCUCUGAAGAAAGGGCCACUUAGUAUAGUUGAAGGAGUAAUAGAGUCGUGCUCCGCGGAAGCUGAUGCCAAACACUGUAAGGUUGGUACUCUUCCAAAAUAUGGUUUCAGUUUCAAGUGCAAUGAACGAGCUGAUAAAAGGAAAGAGUUUUACACCAAACUUGAGGAAAAGAUUCAGGCAAGGGAAGAAGAAAAGAGCAACCUGCAGGCCAAGUCCAAGGAAACUCAAGAAGCUGAAAUUAAGAUGUUUAGGAAGAGUUUGAGCUUUAAAGCAACUCCAAUGCCAAGCUUCUAUCAGGAGCCUCCACCUCCUAAAGUGGAACUAAAGAAGAUACCACCAACAAGAGCUAAAUCUCCUAAGCUUGGUCGAAGAAAAUGCUCAACGCCUUCGGAUUCCGAUGGUAACAGCAAUAGUGGCCACCAAUCAGUCCAGCUAAGUCUGGAUGAGAAAGCAUUUCGGACCAUCUCUUCCAUAGUAAUUUCGCCCGUCAAUGCGAAGAAGCCACAGCGGAGGUCACUUCCUAAAUUGCGUUCUCAAAAGGCUAGUUUGCCCAGUGCAACGAAUGAGGAAAAGAUAUCGAAGACCUCCGGUCAGGAAAAGGUUACGCAUGAGGAGAAUAGCACCAUACUGAAUGUAACAAAUGAAGAGUUGUCUCCAACCCAACAGCAGCAGGCAGUGUCUGCAGCUGAUUCAGAUGAACAUCAGCCCGACAUCAAUCAAGUGAACUUAGUUCAAGAACCGAUUGCAUCGGAGCAUUAAGCAUGGCAACGAUUCAAUGUGGAUGUUCAUAUACAAAGCUCUUGACCUUGUUUUGCCCGAAUAAGGAUGUCCAAGACUGGAUUAUUUUGAUGAUCAAGGCUUAAAAACAUUCUACAUUACUGGUUAUGAUGUUGUCUUCUCCGAUAUUCAGCAGCUUUUGUUAUCCCGUGUGUUGCUCGAAAAGGUUGCCGGACUUCUUGUUACGAUUCAGUGUUCCUGUUUGCACAACCGUAUGCUAAUUAUUUACCAAGUUGACCUAAUUUAUGUUGUUUUUUGGAGUCAUGUUGAUGUUGUUAGAUAAUCCAUGAUCGAAUCGGGUUUGUCGGAACUGGCUGUACAACUUAAUAUCGUGAAAUAAGUCCAUUUAGAAGUUCCGGUUCUGCUGAACUAUGUAAA